UCGCAGUUGCUUUCACGUGUUGCUUCAUUCCGCGGGAGACUUUUCCCUUCCUCGAGAACGUGCCCGAAAAUCGUACAAAUCCUACCCAUUUUUUCCUCCACGCCCCCUCCCCCCUCCAACCCUUCCUCGUUCUCCACUCUCGGUCGGCCAACGAGCCUCGCGUUCCUCCCUUCGUUUCCAACGAAACGAUAUCUCUCGGAUCGAGAAUUUAACCGAGAAUAGUUUUUCGAGAGCGUUUCUUUUUUUUUUUUUACUCGUCGGUUACUGUUAUUACGGUUGGAACGAUGAGGAAAUAGUUCAGAGGAAGGAUCGAUCACGAGGAAAGGAAUAAAUAAAUAAUCUUCGUUUCUAGAGAAUCGUGAAAAGAGAUUGAGAGGGCGAUUGCAAAACUGGAAGGAGGCAGGAACAUGCAUUCGCGGGGUAGGAAGAUGCAACUGGUGCCGUGUUUCGGUGGCGUAGAGAUCGUGCUGUGUUUGUGGAUCACGAGUGCUGUUUUAACACUGGUCGCGUCCCAGCAAAAGUUCUACAUCCAGGGCCGGUAUGGAAAACGGCAAGAGCCGCGUACAGAUUCGUUCUACGUGUCGGGAGGGAGAUACGGACGCAGCGAGAACGGAAUGGAAAAGGCGAGCAAAUCGCAAUUGGCGAAGUUGGUGGAGGUGGAGGUGCCGAGGAUAGAUCGAUUCGUUUGGGGUGGCCGAUACGGGAAACGAUCGCCCCCCGACUCUAAUCGGCCUGUCUCGUCCGUCAAUCGCUUCAGCGCUGUCCUCGACUUCAUGGAUCAGGUCGACCUCGAUCGAGAGAACGAUCUCAGUAAUCGAAACGAGCUCGAUUUUCUCCCUUAAGAUCAACCGUAUACCAUACGACACCUUGGGAGGACUCGUUGGGUCUUUUUCGUGCAAAGAGAAAGAAAAAGAAAAAGAAAAAGAAAAGAAAACUCGAGGGAAGAAAGAAGAUGCACGAGGAACGAGCGGGUUUCAAUUUUUUAAACAAGUCCUUCGCAUAAUCGCCAUUGUUUUUAUCCAAUUUAAACAGAGUGUAAAGUGUCGCGAAAAUCGGUCAAACGAGUAAAGAAACAAAAUAUAAGCUUCAGUUUACGCAUCGUA